AGAUCAGAGCAUUGCCGUAUUAAUCUACCAGUAUUCGCACCCACAUCUGUUGUUCAGCUGCUGUUCAAUUUCAUACAAGCAUAAAAUUGAGUACUAUAUUUCCAGCAUGGCAACCUCUAGUCUGGUGCAAUUUCCAGAUCUGAUCUCUACUAAGAACAGGACCGAAUCCCUGGGCCUACCCGAUGUGAAGCGCAUCAAUAAUAUCACAAAGUUCAUGGCCGAUCCCGUGAACUUCGAUGGCGAUAUCACCAAGCUGGCAGCUCACUUUGAGAACCAGGCCAAACAGUGCCAGGACGUCAUCAAUCUGUUGAACGAUCAGCUGAAGGCAAAGACAACAGCACUGCAUCAGGUCAAGGAGGAUAUGCUGGAGCUGCAGCGGCAGCUCAAGCAGCCAGAUGCCACUUUCGUCUAUGUGAUCAUGAAGACGCAGGUUCUGGUUAAGUUUCUCGAUGAGACCGAGGUGAACGAGUACGAUGUGCCCUCGGCCCUCGAGCGCUACAAUAUCAAGAUGAGCUGUCUGUAUGGCGAAAUCCUCGCGCUGGACAGCGACGUUGAUCACGUGACCUACUUGAAGAACGUUGCCACAGUCAACGCUCAGUAUGUGAAGGAUUGGUACAAGCGCGAAAUGGCCAAGUUGGAGCCUGAGCAGACGGACCCUAAAGACAAGCAGCCUGAGGAGUCCUUCGAUGGUGAAAACGAUCCGGAAGAGGAGUCUGAUGAGGAGCUUUGGGAACAUGAAAGUGAGCCUGAACAGAAGUAUUCUAAAGAGAAGGAGCCUGAGUUGAAAGAUCGUGACGAUGAGCCUGAAGAGAAAGUAAUCGGGCAGAAAGAUUCUCAGAUGAAGGUGCCUGGGGAAAGAGAUUCAAUGAAGAUAAAGGGAAAGUUACCUGAGAAGACAGUUUCCAAGGAGAAGGUCAUUGGAAAGACGUUCCCAGAGGGGAUGAAGCCUGAAAAGAGAGUCCCCGGGGAGAAGGUGAACGAACAGAAGUCUCUAAAGAAUAUCGGUCCUCAGGAUAAGGAUGCAAAGCUACCAGGGAAGAAAGUUCCAAGCGAGAAGAUACCUGAUGAGGCAACUGAAGAGAAGUUAUCUUGGGAGAAGAAGCAAACAACAAAUGACACUGAAGAUAAGAGCCCCAAUGCGGAAGUCAUUUCUGAGAUGAAAGUUCCUGGGCAGCAUCUGAAUCUAAAGAAGGAUAAUGAGCACGAGGACGCCAAGGAGAAGUUACCUGAGAAGAUGGGGUUUCAGAAGAAAGUCGCUGGGAAAAAUGCCCCCAAGGAGUUAAUCUCUAAGAAGUUACCUGAGAAGAACUUCUCCAAGCAGAAGGUCAUUGGAAAGGAUGACUCUGCGCUGCAGGCCCUCAAGGAGCUCCCAGUGAGGGGUGACAUUAAGAAAUUAGGCAACAGCACUGCCUAAUUCCCAAUUAUCUAGUAAAUUGUUAUCAAAGUUAUAAGUCUUGUCAUAAUAUUGUACAAAAUUAACUCCCAUUUUGGCAUAACUCCAGAGAAUAAACAUUGUUGCAGGCACCGCCUUGAUUGAGG